AUGGUUGCAACAAAUUCUAUCAAGUUAUUAGCCCCAGACGUUCAUAGAGGUUUAGCCGAGUUGGUAUCUACCAGGUUGGGUUUAAAAUUAACUGAUUGUAAGUUUAAAAGAGAUGUUACUGGUGAAGUUUUGUUUUCUAUUGGAGAAUCUGUUAGAGAUCAAGACAUUUUUAUCAUCACUCAAAUCGGUAGCGGUGUCGUGAAUGAUCGUGUUAUAGAGUUAUUGAUUAUGAUCAAUGCUUGUAAAACUGCUAGUGCUAGGAGAAUAACCUCUGUUAUUCCUAAUUUUCCAUAUGCUAGGCAAGAUAGGAAGGAUAAAUCAAGAGCUCCCAUUACUGCCAAACUAAUGGCUGACAUGUUGACUACCGCUGGCUGUGACCAUGUAAUCACCAUGGAUUUACAUGCUUCUCAGAUCCAAGGAUUUUUCGAUAUUCCAGUGGAUAACCUGUAUGCGGAACCAAGUGUCGUUAAAUAUAUUAAAGAAAACGUUCCAUAUAAGGAUAGUAUCAUCAUAUCUCCGGACGCUGGUGGUGCAAAGAGAGCUGCUGGAUUGGCCGAUCGUUUAGAUCUAAAUUUUGCAUUAAUUCACAAGGAAAGAGCUAGAGCCAACGAAGUCAGUCGUAUGGUUUUAGUUGGUGAUGUUACCGAUAAAGUUUGUAUCAUUGUGGAUGAUAUGGCCGAUACAUGUGGUACUUUGGCCAAAGCUGCUGAAACUUUGCUGGGUAACGGUGCUAGAGGUGUUAUUGCCAUUGUUACACAUGGUGUUUUGAGUGGUAGAGCCGUUGAAAAUAUUAAUAAUUCUAGAUUGGAUAAAGUUGUUUGUACUAAUACAGUUCCAUUCGAGGCCAAGAUGGCUAUUUGUCCAAAAUUAGAUGUUAUUGAUAUAAGUGCGGUUUUAGCUGAAAGUAUUCGUCGUUUGCACAACGGUGAGAGUAUUUCAUAUUUAUUUAGAAACGCUCCACUAUAA